AUGUCUGUUUUGGAUACAAAAAGUAACCGUGUCACAUUGAAGAUGGACGUUUCUCACACAGAGCACUCACAUGUCAUUGGUAAAGGAGGGAACAACAUCAAGAAAGUGAUGGAGGAAACUGGCUGCCAUAUCCAUUUUCCAGACUCCAACAGGAAUAAUCAGGCUGAGAAAAGCAACCAGGUAUCAAUUGCCGGACAACCUGCGGGGGUAGAAUCUGCAAGAGUAAGAAUAAGGGAAUUGCUGCCUUUGGUUCUGAUGUUUGAGUUGCCCAUAGCUGGUAUUUUACAGCCAAUUCCAGAUCCAAACUCUCCCACAAUCCAGCACAUUUCCCAAACCUACAACAUAACAGUUUCUUUCAAGCAGAGGUCCAGAGUGUAUGGUGCUACUGUUAUUGUGAGAGGCUCCCAGAAUAACACCAGUGCUGUUAAGGAAGGAACAGCGCUGCUGUUGGAACAUCUUGCUGGUAGUUUGGCAAAUGCCAUUCCUGUUAGCACACAGCUGGAUAUUGCUGCUCAGCAUCACCUCUUCAUGAUGGGCCGCAAUGGAAGCAACAUCAAGCACAUUAUGCAGAGAACAGGUGCUCAGAUCCACUUCCCAGACCCAAAUAACCCUUUAAAGAAGUCUACAGUCUACCUCCAAGGCACCAUUGAAUCAGUUUGUCUUGCCAGACAGUAUCUCAUGGGUUGUCUCCCACUUGUCCUGAUGUUUGACAUGAAGGAAGAAAUUGAAGUAGAACCACAAUACAUUACGCAACUCAUGGAACAACUAGAUGUCUUUAUCAGCAUCAAGCCAAAGCCAAAACAGCCAAGUAAAUCUGUGAUUGUAAAAAGCGUGGAACGAAAUGCCUUAAAUAUGUAUGAAGCCAGAAAAUGCCUUCUUGGGCUUGAAAGCAGUGGUGUGGCCAUUACAAGCCAGUCUACCUUAUCUUGCCCAAUGCCUUACCAUGGACUGGAUAUCUUGACAGCAGGUUUGGGACUUACUGGUUUAGGUCUUUUGGGCCCAAAUGCUCUGUCAGUGAAUUCCACAACAGCACAGAAUACUCUGCUGAAUGCCCUCAAUAGUACUGUCAGCCCGCUGCACAGCCCCAGUUCUGCGGCAACUAGUCCGACACUUUGGGCAGCUUCCCUAGCCAAUGCCUCCAGUGCUCCAGGGUUUUCUGCAAUACCACAUAUGAUGAUGCCAUCUGCUGCACAAGCUACAUUGACUAGCUUUCUGCUGUCUGGAGUGCCAAACUAUGGCCAAAAUACACCAUCUCCUCCUCCUGGGCUAACACCAGUUGAUGUACAUAUGAACGGCAUGCACUCUGAAUGCAAGAAAGUCGCAUCAGCGUUAAAUGGUCAUGUGAAAUCUUCAAACAUGAAAUAUGGCUCAAUAUCUACAUCAUCUCUGGGAGACAAAGUAAUUAACGCACACCUACCUGAGACAGCCAGGCCAUCGAACAACUGCAGCUCACCUGUCCAAACAAACACAAAGUCAGACUCAGAAGUAGGUGGUAACGAUGCCUUUGUCGAAGUAGGGAUGCCAAGAAGUCCAUCUCACUCUGCGAAUACCAAUGAUCUCAAACAGAUGCUGAGUUCAGUCAAAGCACCCUGUGCUAAGAGGCAGACAGUGGAAUUACUACAAGGCACUAAGAACUCACAUCUACAUAGUAGUGAAAGGUUACUUUCAGAUUCAGAGAUGAGUUCAGCAGAUGGCCCACUGACAGACAAGAAGGCUCCUGGAAGUGAGCGAGCCGCCGAACGAGCUGCUCAGCAGAACUCAGAGAGGGUACGGCUUAAUUCACAGUCUUCCUUUACAAAUAUGCAGGCCUAUGAUUAUGAACAAAAGAAGUUGUUGGCAACGAAAGCAAUGCUGAAGAAACCUGUAGUAACAGAAGUCAGAACUCCAACAAACACUUGGAGUGGACUGGGAUUCUCCAAAUCCAUGCCUGCAGAGACCAUAAAAGAACUAAGACGUGCAAAUCAUGUAUCAUACAAGCCAACCAUGAGUACGACAUAUGAGGCGCCUUCAAUGUCCCUGUCCCGGUCAAAUAGUAGGGAACAGCUGGGCAAUGGCAGUGACUCUGAUAACUGGAGGGACAGGAAUGGCAUGGACUCAUCUCAUAAUGACUACUCGUCAUCGAUUGGCAGUCCUAAGCGAAAACAAAAUAAAUCUGCAGAACACUACCUUAGCAGUAGUAACUACAUGGAUUGUAUCUCCUCUCUAACUGGAAGCAAUGGCUGUAACUUAAAUAGUUCAUUCAAAGGUUCUGACCUUCCCGAACUUUUCAGCAAGCUAGGACUGGGGAAAUAUACAGACAUUUUCCAGCAGCAAGAGAUUGAUCUACAGACAUUUCUUACACUGACAGAUCAAGAUUUAAAAGAACUUGGAAUAACGACGUUUGGUGCAAGAAGGAAAAUGUUGCUGGCUAUCUCAGAACUGAACAAAAAUCGAAGAAAGUUGUUUGAGCCAACCAAUAUUCGUUCUGCAUUCCUGGAAGGAGGAGCUAGUGGAAGACUUCCGCGCCAGUAUCACACAGACAUAGCCAGUGUCAGUGGUCGCUGGUAG